GGCUGGAGGGUAAAUAAUAAAAUGCACGUCGGGACAUGCACCGGGUGCUUAGACUUUUGAUUUUUCUUUUUUCUUUUCUUUCAUAUUUCGUCCUCCCAUCCCAUCCUGUCGUGUCGUGUCUUUUUACAUACAUCUGGAUACCCUCAAUUGUUUGCGAUAAAGAGUCUGCAAUCCAUUUGUGGGAGUGGAUCUUGAGAAGCUGCGCUAUUCGCUUGUGCUCCCAUUUCAUCACGUCACCUCGCAUCGCAUCUCAUCCCAUCCCAUCCCAUCCCAUCCCAUCCCAUCCGCCAAUAUCGAAGCGCGCCUUCUUGUGUGUGUUGGUUGGAAAUCUGAAGCCACGAACAGAAAUAUCAACCCAAAUUCAAUCACAUUCUCACUAUCGAGAAUCUUUCCUCAAGACCCAUCCACACAUAAUCCGUCAAAAUGUUCGGAAUAUCGUAUUGGAUGAUACCUGUGUUCUCAGGAAUGGUAUGGCUUGCAAUGCUCUUAGCCAUGCUAUUGACCUGGGUAGUUGCAGAUGGUUCACCCAUAAUUACACCGAUGGAUGAUGGUCAAACUAUUGCAUAUAUCUCAGAUAUUGGAGCGCAUGAACUUCAACCGCUCUUUAUUGCGAUGGGUACCGUAACCAUGGUUACUUUCAAUAUGGUUUUUAUUGCAGAGAGGUGGCUACGACAUAAUGGUCGUUUACAUGGAAACACUUCCGUCUUCCAAAAAGUACUAUCGGCCCUUGCUAUUGUCUUUUCCGUUGCAGGCGGAAUCGGUUUGAUCUGCCUCACUUGUCUCAAUGAUGUAGACCACCACACUGCACACGACAUUUGUCUAGCUAUCUUUAUUGGUGGUUACAUCCUUUCCGCUAUCUUCAUCUGCUGGGAAUACCAACGUCUCGGAAUCCACUACCGGGAACACAGCGUCCUACGCAUCUCCUUCUGGGUCAAACUUGCCUUCAUCUUCGUCGAAUUAGGCCUCGCCAUCGGAUUCGGUGUUUGCAACCGCAAAUCGUGGUGGAACACUGCUGCCAUCCUCGAAUGGAUCAUCGCAUUGAUUUACACAUUCUACGUUUGGAGUUUCGCAAUCGAUUUCAUCCCAGCAAUCAGAACAAAACAUUACCAGAGCAAAGAUACCGAAGCCGAGAUGGCAAUGGCGAUGGAUGUUGAGAGUCGUCAGAGAGGAUAUCAUGGAGCGGCCGAUGAACAAAGAGCGUACGGGAGUGCGGAAAGUAGUGGACACGGAAGAUACAAUCCUGAACCUGUCAUUCCUGCGAGGAACUUCUAGAGUCGUUGCUUUGUGAAGGGAAGGAUAUGCGUGAUGAUAUUUUUUACACGAAAAGACUAAAGAUUUCGAGAUUUCGAACCAGACGAACAAACAGAAGAGUGUAUCAUAGAAAGAUGGACAGAGAUGCAUUUUUAUACCCGGGGAUAGAGAAAUGGCAUCGGUUUGGGGUGGUUGAUUUGAUUGGCUAGCGCUUGGAGUUUAUGAAAGCAUUUAUGAUUGCAUGCAUGCACAUAUGGAAAUUUGGAUUAGGGUUGAUAAGACGCUUAAUGUCAAUAAUGUUAGACGAGAUGUAAUUAUGAAUAAAAGUAUAUAUUUAUCUGAGAUUUCUUCUUUUGUAGUAAGCGAUGGUGUAAUGAUACGGAGUUAGAUAAGUUUCUAUGUGUAUUUAUUUUUGCAAUGGGAAAUAUCUAGUAAUGGAUAUUGAUGAUUGAAAGAAUGAAAGUUCAUGAGUUCA